UCAAGUUAAAGGCAGAAAACAGUUUAGUUGAUUAAGUACCACAUUAACAAUGGAACGUUGGCAAAAUAGAGUAGCAGUAGUAACAGGAGCAAGUAGUGGAAUUGGUGAAGCUAUUUCGAAGGAUUUCGCUAAAGCAGGACUUCAAGUUGUAGCUCUUGGUAGACGUUUAGAGCGUUUGGAUGAAAAUCGUUCAAAACUAUCAGCAGAAUUACAGAAACGCUAUUUCACUCGCAAAUGUGAUGUUACGAAUGAGGCUGAAGUCAUAGCAACUUUCGAUUGGAUUGAACAAGCUCUUGGUGGCACAGAUAUUCUUGUCAAUAAUGCCGGAGUUACCGGACGUGAUUGUGGAAAUUUAGUCACAAUGGAAAGCGAUAUUAUGGAUAAAAUUCUACAUACAAAUGUCAAAGGUUUAGUGUACUGUACGAAGGCAGCUUUUAAGAGUAUGCAAGCAAGAAAGUUCGAUGGACACAUCGUGCAUAUUAACAGCAUAGCUGGACACAGUGUACCUCAUAUGCCAGGUACAAGUUCUAACAUAUAUUCACCAUCAAAGUUUUGUGUGACUGCAAUAAAUGAAACAAUUCGAUGUGAGUUAAGGAAUUUGGGAACCAAAAUUAAGACAACAAGUGUUAGUCCCGGAAUUGUUAGGACAGAACUUAACCCAAAGGAAGUUUAUGAUACUAUUGGAAUUUGUCUUAAUCCAGAAGAUAUAUCACAAGCUGUUAUGUAUGCCGUUUCUACUCCACCACAUGUACAAAUUCAUGAAAUAACCGUGAAGCCCGUUGGAGAGAACUUUUAAGAUUGAUUUUAAAUUUGUUUAUAUAAACUUGAACGUUAAAUAAUAUUUUAUAAGAAAAU